AUGUUUUUCGACAUCACUCCCGCGAAUUACACUUUACAACUUCAAGCUAUGACUGCAGAAAAAUUGGAAUUCAAUCUUCCUGCUGUGUUUACUAUCGGUCCAAAAGAUGAACACAAAAGUCUUGAACGUUAUGCCAAAUUGUUGGCAGCACAUGAUAAAAGUUCAGACCAUGUCAAAGAUUUAGUUAGGGGUAUCAUCGAAGGUGAAACCCGUGUAAUUGCUGCGGGCAUGACUAUGGAAGAAAUUUUUCGUGAAAGAAAAGGAUUUAAAGAACAAGUCAUCAAAAGUGUACAAGCUGAAUUGGAUCAAUUUGGCCUAUUCAUUUAUAAUGCUAAUGUUAAACAAUUACAAGAUACUCAAGGAUCUGAAUAUUUUGCUUACAUGCGUAUGAAAACUCAUGAAGGUGCUGUGAAUCAAGCAAAGGUUGAUGUUGCUGAAGCUAAAUAUAAAGGGAAUGUAGGAGCUAAAGACCGAGAAGGUUUAACGAUUGAAGCUGAAACGGUUUUAGCCGAAAAUGAACGAAAAGUUACCAUUGCACAAGCGGAAAUGAAUCUCAGCACUAAAAAAUCAGAAUAUGAAAAACAAACAAAAAUAGCUGAAAUUGAAGCCACACAAGCUGCAAAGAAACGUGAAGCUGAACUUCAAAAAGAGGUCGAAGAACAAGCUGAAGCUGCACUAUACCAAAAACAGAAAGAAGCCGAAGGUGUGUUAUCUUUGUAUAACGCUCAAGCCGAGGGUAUCAAAAAUUUGAUGUUAGCAUUUAAUGGCGAUACUCAAGCAGCUGUUCAAUACAUUAUGAUUGAACGCGGCGUCUUCCAACAAUUGGCCAAAGAAAAUGCUUCGGCAAUCCAAGGCCUUAAUCCUAAAAUCACUGUUUGGAAUACUGGCGGUGAAUCUGCUCAAUCUUCUAAUAACCCAAUCAACAGUAUAUUUCAAUCUUUACCUCCACUUUUAUCAACAAUUCAAGAUCAAACUGGCAUUAAACCUCCUACUUGGAUUGCUCAAAUGUCUGAUAAUAACACCUCUUCCACUUGA